AUGGUGAAGUUAAAGGAAACCAUAAUGGGUAAGUAUUCGGAACCCAAGGUGGCCUUGGCCGAGAAGAAGAAUGAACAAAAGGUGGCAAAGUGGGAGAGAAGAUGUGCCUUCGAGGAGCGCAAUAUCGAUAUUGAGGAGCAAAAGAAGAAGGAUAACAAGAUCGCCGAGGAGGACCAGUUCUUGAUGAUGGAUCCGAAUGGCAUGGAACCUAUGGCAAGAGAGUUCUGGGAGUUGAAAAGAAUGGAGAUCAUGUUUCAGAGGAGGCAAGAGCUUCUGGCCGGGAGUGGUGGUGCUUCGGCCAAUGGAGCUGGUGGUGGAGGUGCUUCAGCCAAUGGAGGUGGUGGUGCUGCUGCUUCCGACAAUGGCGGUGAUGGUGGUGGUGCUUCGGCCAAUGAAGGAGGAGGUGGUGGUGCUUCCGACAAUGGUGGUGAUGGUUCUUCGGUCAAUGUUGAUGAUGGUGGUGCUAUGGCUGGUGAUGGUGGCGAUGAUCUUGUCAACAAUGGUGUUGCUUGA